GUCUGUUUUCCAUUCGACAUGAACGCCGCAGCUGUGGCCGUGAAGGAGGUGGUUGGGAGUCUUCUUCGCAAGCAAAGCGCGCAUGUUGCGAACAUUCUGGCGAUUUCCUUCGACAAGAGUACUUCCGACGCACCAUUCCUGGACAACGAUCGCGUCAUUGAAGCAGCGUGUCGAAGCUCGUUCGUCGGGCCGUUGGCGGCAUACCAUGACAUUGUUGCGGCGACUCUCAAGGCCAAGCGGCUUGUGCACGAGGACAAAUUUGUCCUGGCGUACGACGAACACAUUUCGGGAUUCAUCAAGUUUCUCGAAGUGUUUCGCGAAGAAUCCAACUGGCUCGUGCCAUGGCUGCAUGUAUUCGUGUACGACGCACGCAUGCUGGCGCUCUAUGCUGACGUGGAAGCAGGCAAGAAGCGCGGCGACGGGGAAGUCCACGACAAUGUGAAAAAUGCCGAGCAGCAUCUCAAACGUGCCUUCUCCAUGACCGUGAACGACCGCGCGGCGCCCGACUUAAGCAAGCGGCCGGGCACACUGUACAUCGUGAACCAGCUGUUCAAGAUCUAUUUUCAUUUGAACGCGAUUAACCUAUGCCGCAAUCUCAUUCGCGCCGUGGACUUGCAAUCGUUUGACCAAUUCGACAAGCGGGAUCAAGUCACGUACAAGUACUACCUCGGUCGCAUCUACAUGUUUGAAGACCAGUACCACCACGCCGAAGCCAGUUUGAGCUUUGCGUGGCACCAUUGCCACAAAAAAUACACACGCAACAAGAGAAAAAUCCUGCAAUUUCUCGUCCCGGUCAAGCUCAUUCUGGGCGUGGUGCCGUCAACGCAGCUGAUUGCCACGUACAACUUGACCGAGUUCGAAGGCAUUUCCACUGCCCUCCAACAAGGCAACAUUCGCGAGUUCAACCAAAGCAUGGAUCGGUACCAAGAUCAGUUUGUCCUGCAAGGCGUGUACCUCCUCAUGGAGAAACUCCGCGCGAUUGUCAUGCGCAACUUGCUGAAAAAGGUGUACCUCAUUCGCGACAAGAAGAACCAGUUGAAACUCGUCGACUUUCAAGCGGCGGUGGAUGCCGUCGACAGCGCGGACCUGGACAUGGACGCCCUCGAGAGCCUCGUCGCCAACUUGAUCUUUAUGGGAUAUGUCAAGGGGUAUAUUUCCCACAAGCUCAAGAUCCUCGUCUUGAGCAAGUCCAAUCCGUUCCCGGCCAUCACGGACGUUCUACAAGACCAAUCGGCAUAACCGAAAAUCCAUAUCCAUUUUGAUCAGAG